CUCCCACAAUGUUCGUCAAGUUCCAGUACUUUUGCAUCAUCUACUUCCUGCUGGUGCGGCACCUCAACGGUUCCACGAUGGACCUGUACAAAAACAGCCGGCUCGGCCAGCGGAUCGUGCAGACGCGGUACGGCCGCCUCCAGGGCCUGAUACUGCCGCUGGAGGGCUACAAAUUCCUCAAACCCAUCGAAGCGUUCCUGGGCGUCCCGUACGCCACGCCGCCAACCAAGAUGAAUAGAUUUAGUCCAACCCGGACGCCCUCGCCGUGGGACGGCGUCCGGAUAGCCGAUAAGUUUAGCCCGGUGUGCCCCCAGCGGGUGCCGAAUGUAAAUAACGAAACUGCAGCUUUAGAUAAGAUGCCAAAGGGACGACUAGAGUAUCUGAAACGUUUGCUACCUUUUUUAAUGAACCAGUCGGAGGAUUGUUUGUACUUGAACGUGUUUUCACCGGCACACGCCGCUCCAAGCGACAAGAAAUUACCUGUUAUAGUAUUUUUACACGGAGAAUCAUUUGAGUGGAACAGCGGGAACCCGUACGAUGGGACCGUGCUGGCCAGUUACGGAGAAUUAGUUGUAGUUACACUGAAUUAUCGGUUAGGAAUCCUAGGUUUUUUAAAUGCCAACCCAAGUCCCGAGAUCCGGGCGCGAGUGGCCAACUACGGCCUGAUGGACCAGAUGGCGGCGUUGCACUGGGUCCAGCAGAACAUUGCCAAGUUCGGUGGGGACCCGUCGAUGGUAACGCUGGCCGGCCACGGCAGUGGGGCCGCCUGCAUAAACUUCCUGAUGACGUCGCCGACGAUGGUGCCGGGACUGUUCCACCGGGCCAUCCUGCUGUCGGGGUCGGCCUACUCGUCCUGGGCGCUGGUCGAAGACCCGGUCAUCUAUGCGCUCAAGCUGGCCAAAGAAGUCAAUUGCUCAAUACCGGAGGAUCUAAUCAAGAACCACGAACAGAUCGUGGACUGCCUGCGGGAUGUCCCACUGGAGGACCUGUUCGCAGCGGACAUUCAGCCGCCCAGUUUCCUAAGUGCUUUCGGGCCAUCGGUGGAUGGUGUCGUGAUUCGGCCGGGUCGGACCAACCAGGACAUUGACGAAACGCCCAUCCGAGGCACUUCCAAGCGAUCCCAGGGGGCUGCCGGGCGAUACGACCUGCUGUUCGGAGUGGUCACCGGUGAAGCCCUGUGGCGGUUUAGCGCGGCAGACAUUCAAAGUGGUUUCGAGGGUGAACGGAGGGACCGGAUACUGCGAACGUACGUGCGGAACGCGUACACGUAUCACCUGAGCGAAAUCUUCUACACCGUAGUCAACGAAUACACCGACUGGGAACGCACCAGCAUGCAUCCGAUCAACACCCGGGACGCCGCCGUGGCCGCCCUCUCCGACGCUCAGUUUGUGGCGCCGCUCGUCCACACCGGUGACAUGCUGGCGCCUCCGCCACCCCUGCCGGGCCAGGAACCGUCCGGGCCGAAGUGCUUCUUCUACGUGUUCGACUACCAGACCAAGGACGGCGACUAUCCCCAGCGCAUGGGAACCGUCCACGGGGAGGACCUGCCGUACGUGUUCGGGGCUCCGCUGGUCGACGGUUUCAACCACUUUCCCCGCAAUUACACCAAGUCCGAGGUUGCCCUGUCCGAGGCGAUCAUGAUCUACUGGGCCAACUUUGCCCGGACGGGGAAUCCAAACGAGCACCACCGGCAGGACUCCAUCCUAACUGCCUCGAAAGAGCGCAACCGGUUUCGCAGUAUCAACUGGGACGAGUACGAUCCGGUCCAUCAGAAGUACCUGGAAAUAGGCAUGAAGCCGCGCAUGAAGAACCACUUCCGGGCGCACCAGCUGUCGAUCUGGCUCCGGCUGAUACCGGAGCUGCACAAGGCCGGCAUGGAGGACGUGGUGGCGCGGCACAACCUGUUCAAGAACCACGACGACCAGGACAUCUACGAGGGGAUCGUGAAGCCGAACCCGCUGGCGCGGAUGUCCUUCCUCGAGCAGGACCUGAAGCGGCGCGGCAUGAGCGGCAUGGUCGUGGGGCCCCAGUACGGGCACUCGCUGCACAGCGGAGCAGUGGGAAUGACAACGAUGGAACCGGCGCUGCUGACCACGUGCAUGCCCGUGGGCAACUACACCGGGUACGGUGGGCAGGCCCAUCCCACGGCCACGGUGCUGAACGCGUCAACGGACACGAUGGCCGGGCUGGAGGCGGCCGGAUAUGCGGCGUACUCGACGGCCCUCAGCGUCACCAUCGCCAUCGGAUGCAGCUUGCUGAUUCUGAACGUGCUCAUCUUCGCCGGCGUGUACUACCAGCGGGACAAGACGCGGUUGGAGGUCAAAAGUCUGCAGAAGCAGUACCAGCAGCGGGGCGCCGGAAUGCACCAGCAGGGCCCGUUUGAUCCGAUUAAGCACGCCCACUACCACCUGGGCCACUCGCAGUCCGCGAACGUGAUAGUGGACGUCGAGAAUCACGACACCGGAGCGCUCAUACUGGCAGGGGAGGUCAAAUCACCCCACAUCUGCUCGAACGCGAUGCAGAUCAACGUGAUGAAGGGCGGUUCGCCGGGUGGAACCGGUGACAUGGGUGGUGUUGGUGGUGGUGGUGGCGGUGGCGGUGGAACCUGUAACGUCCCCACCAGUGGCGGUGGCCUUUCCCAGGGCACAAAUAAUGCAAAAAUCUCGCUGGCCAACAACACCUCGUACAAAACGGUCCGAGGACCACCCGAGCACAUCGCCAUCCCGAUCAAAAAUACCACCUUCACGGGCGGCACCGGCAUGAUGACACUGCCCAAACCCGGCACGGUGCACAUCCCGAUGAGCUACAACCGGAACGAGUGCAUGACACUGCCCCGGAACGCCACCGGACUGACCAGCAACAGCGGCGCAGAGGCGUCACAAAAUAAGCUACCACCCAACGGAACCGCCAUCGGCAUCCACAUGCGUUCGAACGCGGCGACCACCGUGGCCGUCCGGACAAGUUCCCCGGACCAUCACCACCACCAGCAGCAGCAACGGUCCAGCAUGUCGAGCGCAUCGACCCAGCAUCCGCCCCCGCCACCACCCAGCAGUGGCAUCACCCACCAGCACGCACACCAACACUCACACUCCCACUCACACUCUCACCCAUCCCAACAGCAGCAGCAGCAGCAGCAGGAGCUCCAGAACCUCAAGGGGGGUUGUCCCCAGCAGCAGCAGCAGCAACAGCAACUGCCCCACGCGGCCAUGAGCGAAAUGCGGGUAUGAUUGCACUUUGCCAGCAGCAACAGCAGUGGUGACCACCAUCAGCAUCACCAUUCACACGAGGGGGAAAUUGUUUGAAAAGGGGAUUAGAGGGGUGGGGGAAGGACCCCCUCCCGCUUAGAACAUUAACGAUGACUCCAGCACGACUUUGAUGAGCCGGACUGUGUGGAGGAGCGAGGGGUACAGUGACGGUCAGAGGGUUUGAGAACUGUCGAAGGAUUUUAUUUGUCAAAUUUUUAUUUUUAAUGAUUUUAUAAUUUUAACACAUUUUGAACGUUAUCUUUCCAUAAGACAGAAUUUAAUUUGAGUUCAUUUCCGACCACUUGCUAAGGUUCCAAAUUAAGAAGCCAGGCGCCUCCAUGGAUUCAUUCUAGGAAACCGAGCUCCUCCAUUGAGAUUCAAUGUGCACCCGAUAUGUGUUCUGUGUUGUACAGGCUAUAAAUUAACUAUCGAUUCUGUCGAUUGGAGCGUGCUCAGGAAGCCCAACUUUUUUAUGAACGUGACGAGAAAUCAACAUAAA